UGGUAGGAUGGGAGGGUCGCGAGUGGGGUGCCGCCUGAGCGCAGCCCGCGGUGCGCCAGCGCAGUCUGUGUCUGUGCGCGCGCCGUCUGAAGACGCUUCUUACAUAAAUAUGCGGAUACUAUUGUUGUGUGCCCUGCUAGGGUUCGCCGUGGGGGAGGACGACUGGCAACCCAUCCACCCCGAGUCCAGUGUAUCAUUCACGUCCUAUGUAAAACCAGCUGAGCGCUCUUUAGAACCAAGUGGCAGUCUCAAGAUAUUGAACCGACGGCCCAGUCCGUAUGGCGGCAACAAGUUGUCUCUGAUCAACAUGGCUCCGCCGUCCCAGGGCUCGGACUCCUGCAGUGUGUACAAGAUCUCCAUGAACCAGGAGUUGCAUUACCAGUACAUGGAGUACGAAAAGAGCCUGCCCGACCUCAAGGAGUUUACUCUGUGCAUGUGGACUAAGUUCCAUAAUCACUCCACAGAUCAUCCGCUGUUCUCGUAUGCAGUGAGUGACAACCCCAAAGAGAUUUUGGCUUGGAUUUCGAACACGAACGAAGCGAGUUACUUCAGCAUGGCUGUACACGGACAAACGUUCUUCAGGCUUAACUACCCGUUGAAAUUAAACAAAUGGUACCACUCCUGCCAAUCGUGGAACGGCAAGACCGGCGAAUGGCAGAUUUGGGUGAACGCAGAGAGAGUCGGCAGAGGUUUCCAUAAUAGGCUUGUAGGACAUGUAAUCAAAGGCGGAGGAGUAGCCGUGACCGGACAGGACCAGUCACAGCUGUUCAACAGAGAUCCACCACUGGAGCCAAAACCUAGACAACCUGGUUUGAUCGGUGAAGUAACCAUGCUGCAAAUAUACCAUGUGGCCCUAACCGCUGGAAAAGCACACAAAGACCACAAACAUCACCAUGCUCACCACUUCAAGCACGACGGCACUCCCAUUGAGGCUGCCACCGAACCUGUGACCGAGCCGCCGCCGCCGAUGGCAACUCCUCUGGGUAAUGGAAACUUCCUCGUGGGUGGCCAGCUGCAAAGACCUCAGAACCUCAACCUUGUUGGACCUCAGCAAAUGAUCCCUAUACAACUACCCAACGGUCUUCAAAUUCAACAAGAGUACGUGAACGGUCAAUUAGGAAACAGAAUAGUGUCCGAGCAACUGGUCAACAGUGUGCAACAGAUUCCUGCAGAUCAAUACAACUCUCUGAACCUUCCACAACAAAUACCGGUGCCCGUACAGCAAAUGAGACAGCCGCAGACCUUCCCUUCCCGGCCCAUAGGACCAUCCAAAGGCACUAGUGUCGUGCUAUCAGGAUCUCUGCUGAACCCUGCUAACGUCCAAUACAUUGAUGACACUGUGUCACAUAACUUGUUCAAACGAGACUCCAAGAAAAGAGACAAAAGAGAUAACCCCGAAAAGGAGCUUGCCGAUGGAACAAAAGCAGGGAAAAAAGACAAACGUGGUUUAGUAGCUCUAUCAGAUGGUUCAAUAGUCGAUGAAGCACUUCUAAGCCCGGGUCUGGUGGAAGAUCAAGAGGAAGAUAUUAUGUUCCAAGAAUCUCUGCUGCAUGGUCUUGCCGGAGUCGUAGGAAACCUGCCGGUGCAGAAUUUGCAGAAACAAACUGUGGACGAGAGAGAACCAGCUGAAGCCGAAGUAAAGGCAGUUAUGCAAGUGUGCAGUGGCUGCGCCCCUGAGCCUUUCAAGAAAGCAUUGGUGCUCUCCUGGAGGACUGCACCAAAAAAGUUGUACAGCGGUGCUCACUACUACAAGGGCCUACCCAUUUGUAGGGCAUUUUAGUUUAGUCUGUGCACGGGUAGUUUUAAAAUAGAAAAUUAUCAUGAUACAUUAUCGGGAUUAUUCCAUGGACGAUCACAAUAACUGACGAUACUGGUGAAAUUGUAAUUUAGUAUUUUUUAGAAUUUUUCCAAAAGAAAAUUUGUUAAGUACAGACAUACAAACAUAAAUAGAUACUCAUUUAACUGCAAAUGGAAUAGUCCCAUUUCUAGAUGUACAAACGCCUCAUUGUGGCGCAGUUUAAUGAACAAAGGCAGUGGAGUUUUCCCUUAAGGGAAUACCUGACCACUAAGCCGCUAGACCAUAAGCACAAGCUUUACUUGUUGACAAACCCCAAUUGUUAACUUUACCACUGUAACAUUAUCAUAUAGAUGAAAAUUACAAGUAUUUUAGAAUUACAAUUAUAAUAAGUUCAGGCUGGUAGUUUUAAAGCGCAUGCUUCACUUUACUCAUUAUUUGUAAAAUUAGUCAUUUUAUCAUUCGAUUUGGAACUUGCCAUUGCGAGUAAUUCGAGUUAGUUGUUAUUUAUUAUAGUAACUAAGAUAUGUUUUAAAUGCCGCUUUAUAUUCUUACUUUUUCACUUUAAGACCUAGAAUUGUAACGAUAAUACCAUUUGUUACCAUUUUUAUAUUUUUUCAAAUAAACCCUUGAAAAAUU